AUGGCGUCAUCAUAUACAAACCCACAAACGAGGAAUGUGACACUGCCACCACUAGCCAGAGCUGCUUCGCCGCCGCCGCCUGCCAGAGUGACGACGCCGCCUACUAGAGAGGUGACACCACCUGCUAUAGUGAUGACGCCGCUUAUCAGAGAGGUGACACCGCGUGCGAGAGUGACGACGUCGCUUUUCAGAGAGCUGACACCGCCUAGUAGAGAGGUGACAUCGCCUGCCAGAGUCAAGACGCCGCUUAUCAGAGAGGUGACACCGCCUGCUAGAUUGACGACGCCGCUUAUCAGAGAGGUGACACCGCCUGUCAGAGUGACGACGCCUGCUACCGGAGAAGCACCGCCGCCAGCCACACAGGUGACACCACCUGUCAGAGAGGCAACGCCGCCUGCCAGAGAGACGACGUCACCCGCCAGAGAGACGACGUCACCCGCCAGAGAGACGACACCACCUGCCAGAGAGCCAACGCCGCCACGGGCUGUUACCUCUCUAGCGAGAGAGGUAACACCGUCAGUUCACCAAGAAACAUUGCGAGAAUUGAUGACGAAAACGAGAAACUGGUCAGGAGAGGUACCAAAUAUUUCACAAAAAUCUUUUGAUAAAAAGUUACAGACCACAAAGGAGUACAACAAUAGAAGUUUACCACUGGAUUACUUUUUGGACAUGUUUCCGAACCACAUAUUUUCCACCAUAGCUGAAUUCCCCAAUUAUGACAAACUUUGCAAAGUGAGAGAAGUGAUGAACGUCUUAAAUGGAACUUUUUUAGAGAACUGCAACCCAAGCAGCAGUCAUUCUAUAGAUGAAAGCAUGGUGAAGUUUAAAGGUAGAAGCACCAUGAAGAACAGUACAUGCCACAAAAACCCAUUAAACGGGGAUACAAGAUAUGGGCUAGAUGUGAUGCUGAAACUGGAUAUUUGUAUCAGUUUGAUAUACAAUAUGUAA